AUGGCCACAAUAACCAUCACACCGCACUCACCCCCAACCGUCGCUACAAGGGCUAAUAGGUCGACCGACGCCAAGUUAUCGCCCAUCGGAUCUUUGAUCGCGGGAUCGAUAGCUGGCGGCAUCGAAGCCAGCAUAACAUAUCCAUUCGAAUGGGCCAAAACGCGAUCGCAACUGCCGUCAUCAGCCGGCAAUGUUGACGCCAAAAACCCUAUCAAAAUGGUCUGGCAAACGGCUACUCGACAGGGCGUAUCCUCUAUCUACGCUGGCUGCGGUGCCCUAGUAGCCGGCACAGCGCUGAAGGCGGGUGUGCGCUUCCUCACUUUCGACACUGUCCAAAAUCUGCUCGCAGAUACAGACGGCAAACUCGAUUUCCAGAGACGAGUCCUAGCCGGCAUGACUGCGGGCGCUGUCGAAGCUGUUCUAGCCGUGACACCAACCGAGCGUAUCAAGACAGUCAUGAUUGACAAUGCUCGGGGAGCUAAGCGCUUCACUUCCGCCACCCAAGCUACGACGGCCAUAAUACGAGAAGAAGGCUUCCAAGGCCUGUAUCGCGGGCUUUCAAGUACGAUCGUCAAACAGUCAGCCACUUCCGCCGUACGAAUGGGUUUGUACAGCACCCUCAAAGAGACAUAUGCGCAACGAACAGGCACGAAACCAGACACAAUCUUAGUUUCGUUCGCUCUAGGCGCUAUCGCAGGAACAGGCACAGUCUACGCCACGCAGCCAUUCGACACGAUCAAGACCAGAGCUCAGAGUGCUAAAGGGGAGGGCAUUGCUAUGGCCGUGAGAAAUGUUAUGCGGGAUCACGGGUACUUUCUGGUGGAAUAG